CCCAGCUGACACUGGGCGAGAGGCGCGGUCCACCCUGGACAGGUUGCCAGUCAGUCACAGGGCAGACAUGUAGACAACCAACCACACACUUUUUGCCCAUUUGGGGACAAGACAAAAACAGCCAGCAGACACAGCGACAUGAACAUCAGGACCACCGAGGCAGCAGGGAGCAGAAACGAGGGCAGGCAACCCGACGACAGCGAUGAGGGCCUGACGGAGAGUAAAACAGAUUCACUCCCAUCAAACAUGGAGAGGAAACUCUUGGCCAGGCAACUGUUUCUUCCCUCACCUGAAAGCUCUGCAGCUGGUAGUGAAGGCAUCGGUGAUGAGAAGAGGGAGGACGACAGAGGUGCCAGCUGGAGGCCAGCUGAGAGUGACGAGCCCCAGAAGAACAACAAAACAAAAUUAAAGAUCAAAACAAAGUGCUCAGUAAAACUCAGGGUCUGCUUGCUAGAGGACUCCGAGAUCAGCGUUCUCUCAAACAGCGUGUUUAAGAAGUACCGACCACAGGAGCUGCAGUGUCCCUGUGGUCUGCAGGAGGUGGACUUCCUGGUCCUGCUGAGGUCCACCUUCCCUCAGCUGGCUGCUGACAAACCAUUUGACGUCUUCACAACUGAUCACAGCAGGAAACUCCAGCCUCUGAAAGCAGAGACGCUGACACCAGAAGAGAUCUACAGGACCAUCAGGUCUGCUGGGAAUUCUGCCCUCUACAUCCGACCGAAGGUAGUUCCUCAUUUGUUUGCUGAGGAAGCUAGGAGCAAUGAGGGCAGGAAACAAGAUGACAGUGAUGAGGGCCUGACGGAGAGUAAAACGGAUUCACUGUCGUCAAACACAAGGAGGAAACGGUCGGCCAGACGACUGUUUCUUCCCUCCUCUGCAGGCUCUGCCACUGACAGUGAAGAGGAAGCUGAUGAGAAGAGGAAAGACGGCGGUGAUGGUGACUGGAGGCCAGCUGAGGGUGACAAGCCCUGGGAACAGAACAGCAGUAAAUUAAAGAUCAAAACAAAGUGCUCAGUAAAACUCAGGGUCUGCUUGCUAGAGGACUCCAAGAUCAGCGUUCUCUCAAACAGCGUGUUUAAGAAGUACCGACCACAGGAGCUGCAGUGUCCCUGUGGUCUGCAGGAGGUGGACUUCCUGGUCCUGCUGAGGUCCACCUUCCCUCAGCUGGCUCCUGACAAACCUUUUGACGCCUUCACAACUGAUCACAGCAGGAAACUCCAGCCUCUGAAAGCAGAGACGCUGACACCAGAGGAGAUCUACAGGACCAUCAGGUCUGCUGGGAAUUCUGCCCUCUACAUCCAACCGAAGGCAGGAGAGGAGCUUCAGGCCAGUGGGCAGCGUGAGCUUGUACAGAGGAAAGAUGACGCCACCACGGACUCUCCAUCCGCCUCCACCUCAGUAAUGGCAAGUGAUGAAACCAGCAGCCCUGAUCCGCACAAAAGAGAAAACAUGGUGGAUGUUCUGUCCCACAGCUCGAUGUCACAACAAGAAGUCAUGGAAACGGAGGAAGCUGAUGAUGAUGCCGGAAUAUCAGAACCAAGUGAUGAUGUUCAAGCCUGCAGUUUCACAGCUGACAGUGAAGGGGACAAUGGUGACGAGGAGGAGGCAGAGAAGAUGAACGGCAGAGAUGAUGGUGACUGGAAACCAGACGGGGCUGACGAAGAGCUGGAGGAGAGCCGAGUGAAGUCAAUGGUGACAAGGAAACGGACCCAGUCGUCCACAAAGGUGUUGACUGAGCAGAGUGUUGUUUCCUGUAAAGUCUGCGGAGCUCUGUACAAGUCCAAAAAUGCUGUGAGUAAACACGCCUGGAGUCACGCGGACGAUCCAGAAAGGCUCUGUGGAGUUUGUGGAGAACGCUCAGAGUCUCCAGAGGAGCUGAGGCUUCACCUUCAGACUCACCUGAAAACACACAGCUGCAACACCUGUGGAAAGUCUUUCAUCGGAAUAAAUGCUUUUAUGGAGCACAGAGCUGGACACACGGGGCACAAACCAUAUAAAUGCAAUGUCUGCAAUAAGGCUUUUCUUCUAAAGUCAAAAUUGGCAGCUCACCAGAAGUUCCACCUGGGGGGGAAACACAAGUGUCAUGUUUGCCAGAAAUCGUUUGGUUGCGAGGUGGAGCUGAAGCUUCACAGCAGCGUUCACACGGGGGUGAAGCUGUACAGCUGCAGCGUGUGCGGUAAAUCUUUGAGCGGACUUAGAGCUUUAUCUCACCACAUGCUGACCCAUUCAGGUGAAAAACGUUAUGGGUGUCAGGUUUGUGGGAAGCGUUUCAGGCUUCUGUAUCAUCUGAGAGGACACAAGAAGAUCCACACAGUCCGAGAGAAACCAUACCUCUGUGACGUUUGCUGCAAAACCUUCCAUACAAACAGUACUUUAAAGGCCCACAUGAAAAUACACAACACAGCCUGCAGAGAGAGGCUGCACACUUGCAGUAAAUGUGGCAAAGGAUUCAUGUCGCAGGUUGGUUUGUUGACGCACAUGAAGCUCCACUCUGAGGAGAGGCCACACAGCUGCCCAGAGUGUGGCCAGUCCUUCAAAACCAAAUCAAACCUCAAAAAGCACCUGAUUCUGCAUUCAGGGGACAAACAGUUUGUAUGCAGUGUCUGUGGGAAGGCAUGGUUUCAUCAGGAACACUUGAAAGUCCACAUGAGGACCCACAACGGAGAGAGACCUUUCCAAUGCACUCUGUGCGACAAAGCCUUCACUCAGAGCCACUGUCUGAAAACACACAUGAAGAGCCACCAGGGGGGACAGAGGUAGAUGCCCCGAGCUUUAGUUUCCAUUCCUGUCCAAACGAAAGACGAAGAGUAGCAGUGGAAAGCAACUCAGUACAUUUCAGCACAGUCCCGUCCCAGGGCUUUGUGUCCCAUGCAGACACUGAGGGGUGCCUGUGCCAUCUGUGUGAGACAACAGGCGCCGACGUCACAAGACAAAACAUCAGUAAACACUUUAGCUCCACUGGCCUGGUACAGAGGUUUCCCUAAAUCUGACCCAGAUCUGUCUCACAUUCUUAAAACUGACACUAACUGACCUGAGAUUACAUGUUAGGAGCUGUGAAAACCUGAGUUUAACUGUUUAACUGGCUGAGGUGGAUGGAAACCUCUGACUUCAACCGUAUGUUACGAUUCUGUCUCUGUUCUCAGCUAAAGGUGCCUCUUUUCCCAUCUGGCACUACUGAAGGUUCUUAUGCAAUCUAAUGUGAAAGAACAUCAACAUGACGUUAUGGCGUAAGUCGAGGCCCUGUGUUGCACAUUUCUUUGCGUUCUUCUGCAUUUCACAGUAAGGACUAAUCUGACUGACAAGCAGCCUGUUUGAUUGUCAGAUUUAAACUUUCAUAAGAAGUUAAUCAACACAUUAAUACAAAAGAAAGGCCACAUAACAAACUGGUGCUCCAGUAACUGAAAUCAGCCCCUUUACCUGUUUUAAGAGUUCAGAGAACAGUCUUCACAUCUGUCGAUUUACGGUCCUAGCUACUGUCUCCUAAGCUAUGCAAUUAUCCCUGAAUCCUGCGUUAUGAUUGGUCGAGCUCUUCUUUUGGAGGAAGACCCAUGUCUGUGGGUUAGACGCCUACUGGGGUAAACUUUUAACGCUGGUGCACAUCAGGUCAAACUCACACAGAGUGUACAUUUAAUUUGUGACUGAUAUCGUUUUCAUAUCUGCUCAUUCAUUUACACUCACUGACCCAUACUGACAAAGUGAUUUUUGGA